AUGGAUACUAUUGGUAACUCAUCUAUCUCUAUCAAUAAUGGUUGGCUUAUAGAUAGACUAAAACAUAACCUACUGAGCAUGAUUCAAUUUUGUGACAGUGGCUAUGAAGUAGUGUUUAAUAAGAACAUUUAUAUAGUUGUUAAUGAUUCUGACAAGUUCAUAGUGUUCAAAGACAAUAUUAUAUUUGUUUCUACUAAUGCUACUCUUUGCAAAGAAUUUUCCAAGACUAUGCAGGAUGAGUUCAAAAUGAGCUUGAUGGGAGAGUUGAAAUUAUUUCUUGGAAUUCAAAUCAACCAAUGCAAAGGUGGAGUUUAUGUUUAUCAGCCAAAAUAUACAAAGGAAAAUUUGAAGAAGUUUAAGAUGGAUGGUUACAAAAUCAUGACAACUCCAAUAUUUCAAUCAAAUAUUAGAGAAACUCAAUUAAUAGCUGUUAAGAGGAUCUUCAAGUAUCUAAAGGGAAUAACUAAUCAAGGAUUACUUUAUAAGAAAUUCUUAGACUAUAAGUUUGUUGGAUUUUAUGAUGCUGACUAUGCUGGGAAUAGAAUUGAAAGAAAAUCCAUUAAUGGAGGCUGUCAAUUCAUUGGUGAAAACAUUAUCUCACGUGCUAGUAAAAUACAAGCAAUUAUUGCUUUGCCCACAACAUAA